AAAAUAGUUAAUUGCUAAAAAUAACCUCACUUUGACUAGCAUUAAUGGUUUUCAAUUCCGUAUCUGAAAUCCCCCAAUUUUGUCGCGUAAAGCCGCCAUGAACCACCACCCUCGGCCGCCGACGCCGUCGCCACCGCCGAUCAACCACCAAACCACCAUCUCGCUCCUGAAGCACACCGCAUCCAUCUUCGUAUCCGAUCUCCUCCUUUUCCUCUUCCUCUCCCUUCUCAUUUUCAUAUUCCGCUCUAACGUCCACACCGGCACUCACUACCUCACCUCUUUCAUAGAUCGCGAUCCCUCUCUCAAAUCCCUCCUCUCCCGCCUCGAUCUCUCAUCUUCCCAAUCCAAUCAUCAACCACUUCACCACCAUCGCCGCCGCCGCGGCCCAUUUCUCCACCUCUCUCGUGUCGGAACCCUCGACGAUGACUUUUUCUCCGGCGACUCCGACCUCGAUCGUUCCCUGUUCCAUCCUUCAUCCAAGCCACCUCCCAAUUCCACUUCCGUUAUUCUCUCGGAUUUCAACCCCAAUUUGGGGUUUUCUCACCCAAUCGUUGACAAUGGAAUUGAUUUGCCCCAGGCUGUUCGCAAUGGUUUCUUUUCGUUUAAGGCUCUCUCGUAUGCGGAAAAAAACGAUACAGUUCUCGAUGCUCCUCGUAACGACUAUAAAAUAGAUGAUUUACCAUUCUUUAUCAAGGGUAUGGAGCUGGGCCGUCGUGAUGCUACGACAUUGUUGUUUCUAGUGGUGUUACUAUCCACAGCUUAUGGAUACGUUAUCACGUCGUUCUUGGUUACAUACACUUGGGUCCAUGGCAUUGUCUUCCUUAAGGUGCUGGAUAAUUUGUUGGGUAAUUACAGGUCAUUUUGUGGAACUGUGUGGCGAGGUUCAAAUUUGGGGCUUAAAAGGCUUUGUGCAUUUGUUCUAAUUCGGUGGGCGGUGAGGGACGCGUUGGCACAGUUAUUGGGAAUUUGGUCAUUUGGGGAAGUCGAGGAUCAAAGUUCAUUUUUCAAUGUUUUCAUAAGGAUGAAGUUGAUGCCUUUUUCAGAUGUUGCUCCAUGGAUUACAGGGCAUGAGAAGGAAAGUUUGUGCUUUAUAAUAUCAUGGUUCUUGGUCGAGUUGCUGGUGGGAUUUAUGUUUGCUGUGGAUUCUUGGAUUGUUAUAGUGGACUCAAGGAAGAGUAGUUGGGAAGUUGUGAAAGAAGGGUGUCAUUUGUUGGUGGCAUUGCUAGGGCCUGCCGUUCAGAUCAAGUGUUGGGAAGUGGUGAUUUGUGGGUCAUUGUCAAAGUGGAUAUUGGGUGAAUAUUUUGGGGAUGAAUUUGCAGUAGCAAUUCUGUCAGCUAUAGAAGUUUAUUUCAUGGUAGCUUGGCUAGUUUUUUAUUUGGCUGCAAGAUCCGUUGAUGCCUCUUCACUUGGGAGGACAUUUGGGCGAAGAGAGUUGGAAGGCUUCCUACUAGGUGCUAGAUGAUAUGUAUUGACUUUAGCUGUGGAUUAAUUCCCAGGCCUAUGCAGUUGCAUCUUAGAGCCUCUAUUGUCUAAUGGUGACACUAAAACAGCGAUUGAGAUCAUUUUGCUUCUAGGAGGUGUAGCACUUCUAAUGACACUGAUGAAGAUUUUCUCAUCACAAGGUAUCCAGAAUUUUGAGUCAGCUGUGAAAUCGUAUGCAUCCUGAGCUUGAUCCAACAAUGCCUUGAAUAGUGGAUGCUGGAGUAUGGUGAUUUUGAUAACAAAUCUUUUCUGGUUUUCCCCUACAUAGACCACCAAGUGACCCUUCGGAACAUCGCUUGGGAUCGUAUUGUCUUCAUGCACAAAAGACCACCAUGCCCAUUUACAGCACUUGUCGGCGGUGGCUGCAGAAGAUGAACAAUUUUCGUAGCAUCCAAAGUAAGACCCCACAGAUGGAGAAUGGAGAAGAUAAGAUAAGAAAGAUCACUGACAUAAGCUUAUUGGGUGAAGUGCACUGCCCAUUUCGCAGUUAUAAUUGUCAUCUUAUAAUAAAUCACAUGUCUGGGAUGAGAAAGAGUGAGAAGUGCAUGUCAGUUUUGGAUCUUCAAUUUCAGACUUUUCAGUCAUUUAUGCUGUCAGGGAGAAUGAUUUAGCCAUGAUGAGUGAGAAUUUAAUACUUAAUGAUCUGCUUUAAAAAUGCACUUAUGGACCUAAUUAAGAUGGUUUUGCAUGCAAGUCUGUUAAAUUGUGUCAUCUUCAACUGUCUGUCAUGUGAUUUUGGCUAGUCCUAACAAAUGAUGGUGCAGAACUUAUUGUACUUGGUCAGAGUCUCUCCAACAGGUUAAUUUCAGAACUUUUUGUACAUGCCCAUGAAUGCAGACAUGGGGGCUUGGAGUUCCAGGCAUUAAUAAAUCCAAGAAUAAAACAAUUGCAGAAUGAUAUGACACCUGAAAAAGCUUCUCCCCCUUUUGUUGCAAGAAAUCAAGAAGUAACAACAUGAUAUGAUAUAUUGCUGGAGAUCUAGAGUCCUUUGAUCAAGGAUUCGGAAUUUCAGUUUACAGAAA